AUGACUUAUCUUGAGCUCCCGGUCGCAGUACUCGACCACUCUCUGGAGAACCAAGUCGCCAUCGGCAUCGUGCUUCACAGCGACAUGGCACGACAGCAAAACUUUGCCGGUGGUCACGGACCAUAUGUGGAGCUCGUGAACUCCCAGGACGUCGGGAUGAGCGAGCUCGAGGGAGAAAAAAAUGGUUCUCUUCUUCUUUGGUGGGUGAAUUCAACCUCGUUUGAUUUCUGUGCAUCCAACACGCAUCACAUAGGCAUGGGAGGACCAAGUGCCGAGGAUCUCCAAUUUGGAGCCAGCCGUGUAGAGAUUCACAGGUGUUUCCAGCUGAAAGUUUCGAGCAUCUACAAACGUUUUAACUCCUCACCCUGCAGUUGCGAGCUUUGUGGAACAGUCACUCGAUUUCCACGCUACAACAGUCCGGCGAAGGUCCUUGACUUCACGGAUCACGUCUGGACAGAGUUCCAUUCUCCUUAUCUCGGAAGUUCUUUUUCUCACGCUAACACCGGACUUGCGUCAAGAUGGGGAAAGAAGCUGAACUACGUCAUUCCGUUGCGAAAGAUGGAGUUCAUGAUGUUACAAAACGAUACACACGGAAGUGGGCAGAGGAACUUGGUAAGCGAAGAGACCGCGGAGGAGGUAGUAGCACUGCUAACAGCGAUUCAAAGGAGCAAACUGGAACCCGAGGAGCUCGAUAUACUUGAGCAACGUGACAGGCAAGAGGCUGAAGAGCUCUCUGGAGCUCAAGCCAGCCCAGAGACGGAUCAACACCUACCUGGUCGCCAGAGUGGCUCAAAAGAAUGGCGUGAAGCCAGAGGAGAAAUGGGAGUACAGCAUAUUGAGUCCGAUCAUAGCUUCUGCCCGGCAAGGCUAUGCGCAGAUGAGCACGUCGGUAAAAUCUACCAAGCAAUCGGGCUGUUAUGCUCUCAAGAAAGAAGCACGGCUGAAAAAGAGCAGGCACUUCUCCACGACUUAUUGAUCAAGCUUAAGAGGCAGCCAUUCAGAGCGAGAAGUGCGAAGCUGGAAUCCACAGACGAAACUCAACUGAACUUCCUGCAAAGCAAAGGUGGUGCGGCAUGGCUGGAUGGCAUUGGAAUGAAGCAAGCGAGCGAUGGAAGUGGGGGAAUGCAAAGGAACGUCCAGGAAAGGCUGCUCUGGCUCUUGCCACAGCUCUUGAGAACGUCGAGAAAGCCACGAAGAAGCUCGCAUCCCACCCUGCAGCUGAUGUUACAAGGAAGGAGGCUUUGCGGUGGCUCGGUUUAUGCCACCGGCGAACAGAAGCCCUCUGGAACGGCUAGCGCAGCUUUUGAAGGCCACUACUCCACAAAAUGGGAAGAACCAGAAGGAGCAAAAGGAUGCUCGAGGGAAGCUGCGAUGGGGGUAAGACCUGGCAACUCCUUGACAAGCGAAGUGGAGAGCUAUUUCAAGAAUGCUACGAGAGACGAUGCUUUAUAG